CCAGCCUGCCUUGGGAUUGCCCCGCUGAGAUGGGCUCUGUCACUUCGGCUCUCAGUAGAUCCCGGAACACAGUGGUGCAGCUGAGCUCCCGGCAGCAGGCGCGGGAGACGGAGGAGGAGGAGGGGGCGUCGGAGGCUCGGCGCGCUACACUCGGGAUUCCGGAGCCCGGAGGUAAAGCCGGAGCUAGAGAUCGAGAGACGCGCGCCCCGGGAGCCUCGCUCACACCCGCCACUGCCUGGGAGCCCACGCCAACCUCCGAGCUGGAGCCCGAGAAGACCGAAGCGCGGUCGCUGUCCCCGGUGCUGAAUCCGCGCACAGAGCCCGAGCCCGAGCCAGAGCCCGGCGAGCAGAGCAUGGAUCAGCCCGACGUUCCCCCGAGCGGGAGCGCAGCAGGAUCUGCAGCAGAGGCCAGGGAGGAAGCCAUGGAGGAAUGGAGCUCGCCUGGAGAAGUCCUGGAAAACCCAGACACAGGAGAACUAGGCCUUGGGGCAGGUGCUGAGAUGCCAGCACACUACCCAGGGGGCUUACAUGGUUCUAGAAAGAGCCUGUGCCAGAGCAGCAAAUUCCAGGAUCAAGAGAAGGUUAUCGUCAUCGGGAAAGGCCUUACGAAGAAACUGAGGCCGGGUGAUGCAGUCCGACGUCUCAGGGAGUAA